UAUUACUCGGACCACUACAGAAAAUUACAGAUAAACAUUUAACAGAUGCAAAACAAUGGCCAAUUACACUCAGCUGCAAAACUUUAUGACCGUGUUUGUGCUGUAAUAUCAUAGCAAUAUCUUUUGUGAAUCAGACCUUGAGACGGCGCUGAUAGCGGUUGCAAAUGAUGCGCAAUUCAUGGUGCUAUCAGCGGCCGCAAUUCAUUCUUUGUGAAUUUGCCCCUGAAAGUUCAGCACUUUAAUAGCUCAAAAUAUAUACCUGAUCCUCUGGUUGUUUUUAACAAAUUCAGACUGAAUUUGUAAAAUGUAUAACUUUGAUAUGAGAUUUCUGACUUGGACAUGACAUUUGUGACUCGGACAUGGCAUCUAUGUCUUCGACAUAACCUUGGUGACUCUGACAUGACAUCUAUUCAUUGAACAUAACUUUGGUGACUCGGGCAUGAUAUUUAUUACUUGGACAUGACACUUAAGAUGUGGACAUGCCAUCUAAGACUUGGAUAUGACAUUGAUGAUUUGGAUAUGACAUUUGUGAUAUAGAUGUGAUUUUAUGUCUUUGAAAUGCCCUAACUAAAUGUUGAUAACUUAUGCAUGACCUUUGCAACCCUGAAAUUACUGUGGCAACUAGCAGAAAACCUUGGUGAGGUGGACAUGGAAUUUGUGACUCUGGCAUGAACUUUGUGAAUUUACAUGGUUCUGGUGAUGUGACCUUAAUAAAUACUGUCUUAUUGUGAAUGCAGGGUCAGUUGAAAAGACAUAUUUUUUAUUUAUCUGCAUUAGUGCCGUCCAGGGAUACAAUUAGACUUGCAUUUGAAACUCAAACCAAAUCAUACCAUACUGCACUCAAGCCAGUCCACCCAGAGCCAAUGGACAUGGUGAAUAUUUGUACAAGUUUAACAGCGAUGAUAACGUUAUGAGGUAUUCGAGUCACAUCCUCUCAUUAUCCAGGUUCCUGUGGUUCAGAGACAUGCAGGCUUUCAUGUCUCUGUCUCCUACUUACUCAGAUACUAUCUUUUCCUGUUUAUCUGUGUGGAUAAAUAAAGAGCAGCAGAACAUGUCAAAUAUGAUGAGAAUGAGGGAAGAUUAUUGUGACUGUGAUGCUUGUAGACGUCUCUGUUAUAACAGGUUAGAUAACACAUUCAAAAAUAAUGAUGGUGAUGUCAUGAAGAUUAUCAAUACAAAUAAAAACACAUUAUUUUAUCCCUGAAAUAAUAUCAUCAUGAAGAAAUUAAAUUAAGUCUGUUUUUGCAUGCCAGCAUCAGAUGAACAAAACACAAUCAAGUGAAAAAAGAAAUCAAUCAUUACAACAAAAAUCAGUACCAGAGAGUCAUGUACGACCACUCAGUUUCUAUUUUUAACAUAAAUGCUGCAUUCAUUCACUUAUUAUUUGUUGCAUUUCCUUUGCUGGGUUUUCUUAAAUUGCUGUUUAGUUAUCCUCAAUGAAACGCCACACUUCCUGCAGAUAAUUUACAUUAAAAGCCUAGGAGAAGGAGGGAUUAUGCCCUUUGAGCCAUUGGAAGGCUUUUAAUGUGAAACAUUUGCACAGGAAGAGUUGAGUUUUAUUGACAGUAGUCUGACAUUCAUCUAAGUGGAAAUGACUGGAAAUAUUUAGUGAAUAGCUAUGUAUAUUAAAAAUUUAAACUCAGAGCAGUAGAACAUUACACUGAAUUUAUCAAGACAACAGGUAAACAUGGAGGACUUUCAUUUUUCAUUAACAGCAAACAGCAUCAACAGCAACUGGAAAUUGAUGCAGAUGAGAAAACAGGGAAGCUUCUUACUAAAAUAUGAUAAAGUAUACUUAUAAAACAUGGCAAACUUGAAAUAAAGGCCUAAUGGGAAGAUCCAAUAACUGUAUCUAGAGUCCAUUAAAUUACCCUCUGCUGAUUACCUGAGGACAGAUGACUGUAAAACCUUUGUAGUUUUUUCUUUCACAAUGAACAGAGGUCAUGGUCAGUUUGAAUUCAUGUUGGUUACAGUAGAUUUAAACAGUGACUAGUUUUCAAGUCAGAAAAAAUACAUUAAAACAUCCAUGGAAUCUUCUCUCUUCCAAACGUAUUUUCUCCAAAAUAUGGCUAAAGAAAAUGUAAUGUUGCGUGUAUGUGGAUGCUGUGUAUGUCUUAAGGCAGUUUUAAUAUUUAGUUUUAUAUUUAUUUUUGUGCAUUCAGUUACAGCUAUGAGUUCGUUUUUUGGGAACUGUGAAGUUCAAUGAAGUUGAAAUUAUUUCAGCAUUUUUUCAAUUGGAAGGCAAGGGAGAGGCAGAGAUAGGCAAAACGUGAGUCAGAUCUCUGUGAAAUGAGACCAUGCAGCUCUGUGUGUGUGUGUGUGUGUGUGUGUGUGUGUGUGUGUGUGUGUGUGUGUGUGUGUGUGUGUGUGUGUGUGUGUGUGUGUGUGCGUGUGCGUGUGUGUGUGUGUGUGUGUUGUUUUCCUGUAGGAGGUCACAGCAGGACAAUAUUUAAUGUUGAAUUAUCUGUUUUCUGGUUCCAGCUGUGAUAAUAAACUCUGUUCAGUAGUUGAUUCCCUGCAGCAUUUUAAGACAUCUAAUGGUUCUGUGAAUGAAGAUCUGUGCGGGAUGAAAGGAGACAAAUAAAAAUAGAAACCAUGACUGUGGUGUGAGUGUUGGAUGACAUGCUGCUUUCUGUUAAUCAGUCAUCAGUAUUCAAGUAUCAGUUAUUCAAAUGUACAUUUUAGAAAGACAGUGUCACAAAGAUUAAAGUUGCCUCUACAUAAUUAUAUCACAACAUGGAGGUGUCACAGCCUGUCAUGGCCUCACCAGCCUGUAAUCACCCACACCUGCUCCCAGUUACACUCCUGCUCUCAAUCAGCCCCACUUCCCCUAUCCUAACCCUCUCCACUCCUGGCUGUCAUUAAAUAAAGAUCAUUCCUGUCACCCUCGGUGUCCCCCGCCUGUCUGUAACCGUAACAGAAGGUCGGACCGAUACCGCGAAGAUGACAGCCAGGAGUGCCGAUAGCCCCUUCCUCGACCACCCUUCCUCACUUGUGACAGCUGGCGAGUGCAGCCAAGGACCUUCUCAGGCUCAGUGGGGGAGUGUGAGGAGUUCUUGGUAAAAUGCUACCUGGUCUUCCACCUCUAUCCAUCCCAGUUCCCAACUGAAUGAUCUAGGAUGGCCUACAUGGCGCUCCGGCUAGCCGGCCCGGCACUGCACAGGGCAGGAGCCCUAGCAGUGCGGGAGGAGGUGGUCCUCAACUCUCUGGGCCGGUUUACAACACUACUCGGCAGGGAGUUUGGCCCGCCAGAAAUAUGGUCGUCAGCCAGUCUUCAAUCCAAGGCUCUGCCUCCCAUCUGCUUGCCUGCUACGCCUCCCAUCUGCUCGCCAGCCUCCUUCCCGGAGGCCCAGCCGCCGGUCUCCAGCCCUGCUGUCCCAUCGCCGGUCUCCAGCCCUGCUGUCCCGUCUCCAGAGGGUCCCAGCCUUCGCCGUUGCUUCCCCGAGGUGACCAGCUCUACCCAGGUCCAAGCUCCGGGCCGUCCGCCCGAGUUCCCAGGCACCACUCCAGUCCCAGCUCCCGGCUGUCCACCCGAGUUCCCAGGCGCCACACCUGCUCAGACUCCGACCAGCUCCCCGGAUCGGCUUGCUCCCUAUGGUGGACAGGCCACCACGUUGGGGGAGGGGGGUUUCAGCCCUCGGGAGCUGGCCGUUGGGGGGGGGGGUACUGUCACAGCCUGUCAUGGCCUCACCAGCCCCAAUCACAACCAGUAUCCAGUACUCUACCUACCAUAUAACAAAAGAUCUCUUUAUGAUAGUUUCCAGUGUUUCCCCCCGUUUCCAGCGUGUCUCCGGUUUCCUGUGUCUCCUGUGGCUUCACCAGUCCUCCGUGGCUUCACCAGUGGUUCCCCAGUCUCGGCUUACCUCCAGUGACUUCCCUACACCCACUUCCCCUAUCCUAACCCUCUCCACUCCUGGCUGUCAUUAAAUAAAGAUCAUUCCUGUCACCCUCGGUGUCCCCCGCCUGUCUGUAACCGUAACAGGAGGAAAUAUUUAAUUAAUUGAACCAUCUGAUUGGACAAAUGAAUGUAAUGUUGUAAACAUUCAAAGGGACUUACAAUAAGUGCUUUCAAACUCAAUACGAACAAGUCGUGUGCAUCCCUUUCUGAGUUUUACAGUACAAGUACUUUUUUUGUUUUUGGGGAGGAAUAGUUUUUUUUAGACAUUUUGUGGAAAUACACUUAUUUGCUUUCUUGCCGAGUGUUAGAAGAGUUUGUACUGCAAAUAUGUAGCUAAAGUCAGCAGCCGGUGAGCUUAGCAAACAGCUAGUCUGGCUCCAUUAGCGCAGGAAGGUAGGAGGCUGUGGGGGCUGCAGAUUGAAACACAGUAGAAAUAUCAUUUCCCUUUAUAAAUAAUCAGUUUAUAGUUUAUAUAACACUUUCUUCUCAAAUGGUUCUUUCAAGCGCCCCUGAUUCUUCAUUUCUCAACCUGUGGCGGUAAGGAGUAAAAACAAACACUCUGUGCAAAGAAAGCACUGACUGCUGCUGAUUCUGAGGACAGACAGGGUGGACAUUUACAGUAUCUGAAACCUGAUGCAUCAUUAAUAACAUGUUGAAUAAAACACCACAAAGUAAGUGGUGAUCAGCCUGUAUGUGUUAAGUCUGUAUGGUUAAGAUUUGUUUUUGUUUUCAGUUUUGCAGUUUUAGCGAGUCAGCAGCAGUUGAGCUUGCAAAUGAGUGUGAAACCGAUAAAAAUGACGCUGGUCAGGACCAAGGGGUCUCCGCUGGUUACCUGGCAACUGGAAGGAUGAUUUUGUAACCUUUGGAGAGAGCUCUUUCCCUAUGAUUCCAGUCUUUAUGCUAAGCUAACCAUCUGCUUGUUCCAAUUAGAUAUUUAUAUUUACUGUACAGAUAGUAGAGGUAAGAUCUUCUCAUCUAACUUGGCAAGAAACCGAAUAAACCCAGCCCAAAUGUCAAACUAUUCCUUUUGUACCUCACACCUUACCUAUUGUUUUCCUUCAAUUUAAUAAUCAUGGGAAUGUUAACAUGCUAACGUUGGUACCUGAGCAUUCAUUUAGCUAAAAAUACAGCUGAGCCUGACAAGUACAAGUUGAGCCAAGUCUAACAGUGUAAACCUGAGCCUUACAAGCUGAGUCUGAGAUUUAGAAAUACUAAGGUCAUGAGUCCAAAUUCCCCCAUAUGAACCCAAUACACCUAAGAAAUGUUUGACAAGCCACCAACCAAACCAAAAGUUUCUGAGUAUUUAAAAAGAAAAAAUAAUCACAUUUUGUUUAUUCAUUUACCUUGUCAUUUACCUUUCAUGUUAUCUCUUUACAUUUUCGGCAUCAUUUUGAAACAGGAUGUGCCUGAUUUUUGCAAUGUUACGUAAGUGAAAGAAGGCAGUCCUUUGUUUCAUGUCAGAAUCAGAAUCAGAAUCAGAAUCAGAAAUACUUCUUCUUCUUCUUCCCUCGCCACUUCGUUCCACCUUCAGUGCAAUCAGCUGUUCCCUGGUGUAAACAAUGCAGCCAAACAGCUGUUCUGCACCAAGUAGCAGGAGAAGAAGUUUCACGGUGAAAAAAGUACCAAAACAC